AUGGUCGACAUAGAGACUCAGUUCUGCCCCUGCUCCCCGCUGGAGGAGCCGGUGGUGGGGGACUCGGAGCUGGACAGUCCCCUGCGUCCUGACGAUGGCUUCAUGUGCGAGAUGGACGAGCUGAAGGACGUCUGCAUGGACCACGACACGCUCAGCUCCCUGGACCUGCCAGAGUACCAGUCCAGCAACGGCUCCGAGGGAUCCACUGUGCUAGAUGCACUGACCCCAGCCUCCAGUCCCUCCUCAGUUUUCGGGAUGGUCUCGAGCCAAGACGACUUCUCGGCCUCCAGCUCAGGACUCAGUCUGGAGUGUCGGGUGUGUGCGGACCGUGCCUCAGGAUAUCACUACGGCGUCCACGCCUGCGAGGGCUGCAAGGGUUUUUUCCGCAGAACCAUCAGGCUGAAGCUGGAGUACGACAAGUGCGACCGUCACUGCAAAAUACAGAAGAAGAACCGCAACAAGUGCCAAUACUGCCGCUUCCAGAAGUGCCUUUCCGUGGGCAUGUCUCACAAUGCAAUUCGUUUCGGUCGCAUGCCACAGUCGGAGAAGCUGAAGCUGAAAGCGGAGAUGGGGACCAUGGACCGCGAGGUGGAGGACCCUCAGCUGGCGGAUCAGAAAAGCCUGGCUCGACAGAUCUACGAGGCCUACGUGAGGAACUUCAACAUGAACAAGGCCAAAGCCCGGACCAUCCUCACCGGGAAAACCAGCUCUCCACCCUUUGUCAUCCACGACAUGGAGACGCUGCAGCUGGCCGAGCAGACGUUUGUGGCUAAGAUGCUGGGUUCUGCCGAGAUGCUGAAGAACCGAGAGGCCGAGGUGCGGAUAUUCCACUGCUGCCAAUGCACGUCCGUGGAAACCGUUACGGAGCUCACGGAAUUUGCUAAAUCGGUUCCGGGUUUCUCCAGCCUGGACCUGAACGACCAGGUGACUCUGCUGAAGUACGGCGUGUAUGAGGCCAUGUUCGCCAUGCUGGCCUCCUCGAUGAACAAGGACGGGCUGCUGGUGGCCUACGGCUCGGGCUUCAUCACCCGCGAGUUCCUCAAGAGCCUCCGCAGACCCUUCAGCGAGAUGAUGGAGCCCAAGUUCCAGUUCGCCAUGAAGUUUAACUCGCUGGAGCUGGACGACAGCGACAUCGCUCUGUUUGUGGCUGCGGUCAUCUGCUGUGGAGACCGCCCCGGCCUGGUCAACGUGGCCCUCAUUGAACGUAUGCAGGAGCGGAUCGUGAGGGUCCUGCAGCUCCACCUACUGGCCAACCAUCCGGACCACACCUUCCUCUUCCCCAAACUGCUGCAGAAGCUGGCCGACCUCAGGCAGCUGGUGACGGAGCACGCUCGCCUGGUGCAGGAGAUCAAAAAGACUGAGGACACAUCUUUGCACCCGCUUCUACAGGAGAUAUACAGGGACAUGUACUGA